AUGCCGUAUAAUGUGAACCCAAAUGCAAGAGGUUUUGACCCCACUAUCAGGUGUGAGUAUCAUUCUAACACUCAGGGUCAUAGCACAAAAAAUUGUUUUACUUUGAAGAGAGCCAUUGAGAAGCUAAUUGAUGACAAAUCAAUUGUGAUACAUGACGAAGAGGCUCCGAAUGUCACCAACAACCCACUUCCUACUCACAACAAUGCUCAUGUUGUUGGGAUGAUCUGUGAUGAUAAGGAAUACAAGCAAACAUGCAAAACAGUAAUGGAAAUUGACACCUUAAAAGAAGGGUUGGGUAUGGUGACAAAAUCCGCACAAGAAGCACCAUUGAUUGUAAAGGUGGCAAGUUUUAAUGAAAAUCUCAGAGGCUCGGGAAAGUUGAUAUUGUAUGUCCCUGGAGCCAUAAAGAAAAAAGAGAUAUCAGUGACUGGACCAAAAUUAUAUGUUCCUAGUGGAUUUCCCAGGUUUGGUCAAAAUCAGAAUGGUUUAGGAAAGAUGACAGAACCAAUUGGAAAAGAGAUUAUUGAAGAAAUAGAUGAAACUGAUGGCUUAACGCGUUCUGGAAGGUGUUAUGCUCCAGAAGAAUUAUGGAGAGACAAACAAGCCAGGGAUAGCCAAUUUCCAGUGAAAAAACCUAUUACCGAAGAAGAGGCUGAAGAGUUCAUGAAGAAGAUGAAAGUUCAGGAUUACUCUAUUGUUGAUCAGUUGAGAAAAACUCCUGCUCAGAUUUCAUUGCUAUCUUUGCUCAUACAUUCUAAAGAGCACCGUCAAGCAUUGAUUAGAAUUCUGAACGAGGCACAUGUUUCGGACAAAACAAUCGUAAGUCACUUGAAAAAGAUGGCCAAUAGAAUAUUUGAGGUGAAUAGAAUCACUUUCAUCGAUGAUGAGUUGCAUGUGGAAGGAGCCGGACAUAACAAGGCUUUGCAUUUAACUGUCAAAUGUGAAGAACAUUAUGUGAAAAGAGUCAUGAUUGAUGGAGGCUCGGGUGUGGACAUCUGCCUUCUCUCUACUUUGCAAAGUUUGAAAAUCAGAACAGAUAGAAUUCGUACUAACAAUGUGUGUAUUCAAGCUUUCGAUGGCAUAAAAAGAGACACCAUUGGUGAGAUUGAUCUUACUUUGAAAAUUGGACCUGUUAAUUUUGGGAUCACAUUCCAAGUUAUAGACAUGGACACUUCCUACAACUUGCUUUUAGGAAGGCCAUGGAUCCAUGCAGCCAGAGCGGUGCCGUCUACUUUAAACCAAGUGGUCAAGUUUGAAUAUGAGAAACAAGAAAUUAUUGUUCAUGGUGAAGAUGAUCUUUCAAUAUAUAGAGACCCUUCCAUCCCAUGCGUCGAGGCCAAGGAAAGUUAUGAAUCCCUCGUAUUUUAG